UCGUGCUGUGAACAACCAGAUUGCAAAAAUGAUAUUUCAUCGUGCUAUUUCAUGGAAAGGAGGGGGGAAGAUUUCAUAAGUGAGUUUGCGUUUUUAUACCAGAGUGCCUUGCUAUUACGUUUGAGUGUUGUUUCCUUUUUUCUCCUUUGCGGCAUUUCAUUUUAGGACCGGGGAAUGCCGCGUAGACGUUUUUCUCGCGGAUACUAUACCCAGGUCUUUUCUUAUCUUAUCUCAUCUUUUUCUUAUAUAUAUAUAUAUACAUAUAUAUACGGCUACGGGAGUGUUACGUUUAUAUGUUUGCAACGAGAUUUUUCCUAUCUACUUUACUUCUCGCGAAAAUUCUGGGGGCUAAGGCAUUCAUUGGAUCUCGGGCUUUUUUUCUCUAUCAUUCUUUUCUCUCUUUUUCUUUUCUUUUCAUUUUCGUUUUUCAUACAUACACUUUGGAAAAUGGGUUCUGGCUGUGGCAUACAGACGUAUGGACAGAUAUGUAGGUAGUAGUAUAAUGAAUAACUGUAUAUUGUAUGGAUUCUGGCGCUUUCGCUGUUAAACUCGAUAUAUCUUGGUAAUUAUCGUGGUUGUGUAUGUUGAUGCCGCUUCCCCAUC